AUACCUACUUCUUUCUCGAGCACUCUUCUUUCUUUGGCGUGAGAGAGAGACAGACAGACAGACAUGGCGGCCGCUUUGAGUUGGCUUACUGUCUUUCUAUACCCCAAAAAGGAUUCAAACACUAAAACUGAAAAUGGCGAGCAUGUCAAGGUCUCCAAGAUUGGAGUUCGCGGAUUGUCGUCGUCGUCCCACAGUGCACCUGCUGCUGGAUUUCAAAUGCCUCUUCACUAUCCUCGGUACACAAAGGCAGAUUACGAGAAGAUGGAGGAGUGGCGGUUGGAUUUGCUUCUCAAGCAGUACGGCCUACUUGCUGUCAUCAAUGGCACUCUCGAGGAGAAGAGGGCUUAUGCUAUCGGAGCUUUCCUCUGGCCCGAUCAAUAUUAAGAGAUGCAAUGACCUAUAUAUAUAGUUCUUCUAUAUCGCACACAUAUCUUGUAUGUGUGUUUAUGGAGCUAGCCUGUUGUAUAAUAUCCUAGUAUUCGAUUUUGGUCUGUAAUUUGGGUCGUAUGAGUAUUUGCAUUCCAGCUAGCACCUGAUCGAUGCAACUGUCCUAUUAAACCAAGGAGAACGUUAAGGCCAAAUAAUGGUUAUUAAGUUGCGGAUGUAAAAUAUACGGGCAUGGCUUCCUGUAGCAUGACUUGAUAAUCGCAAUGAAUAUCAAUAUUACCUGGUAGCUACCUGAUCACUUGCA